AUGGCAAUAGGAGAUACUCUACAACCAAUAAUUCAUAACAUUGCCGAGAGAAGGAAUUUUACUCCAAACUAUACUGCAACAGACUAUGAUUUUCAUACAGGGAUACCACUUAUUAUUGAUAACGGAUCAUAUCAAUGUCGUGUAGGGUGGGCGAACGAAGAUUCUCCAAGAUUACAAUUUGAUAGUAUGGUAUCAAAAUAUAGGGAUCGAAAAAUCAAUCAAAGUAUCUUGUUGGUGGGCAAUGACAUUUAUACGGAUGCUACAGCGAAAUCAAAUGCGAAGACGGCAUUUGACGGAAAUGUGGUAUAUAACUUUGAAACCAUGGAAUAUAUUUUGGAUUAUGUCUUUUAUAAACUUGGCAUUAAUACUGACAAGGUAUAUCAUCCGAUAUUGAUGACCGAACCUGUUUGUAAUCCAAAUCAUUCAAGAAAACUGAUGUCGGAGUUACUGUUUGAGUGUUACGGAGUUCCGUCUGUAUGCUAUGGCAUAGACGCACUUUUUAGUUUUCAUGCAAAUAAUCUUUCGUUUGAUGAAGGUGGAAUCGUCGUUUCUUCAGGUCAUACCACAACUCAUGUUAUACCUGUGUUCGGAGGUCGGGGCACGUUAGAACAUACUAAAAGGAUAUCAUAUGGUGGAUUAACAGCUACUGAUUACAUGCUUAAAUUGAUGCAACUUAAGUAUCCCACAUUUCCAACAAAAAUGACCAUCAAUCAAGCACAAACUUAUAUUAAAAUAGCUCUAACGAAAGAUUUGGCUCUUAUGUUUGAUUAUUUUAAAGAAUUAAAAGAAUAUUCCAAUCCAGUCACUUUUGCUGAUAAAGACCGUAUAAUUCAAUUCCCCUACGUACCACCGGAACAAGCAGCUAAACAACGUAUUCAAAAGUUGAAAGAUCUCGAAAACACUUUGGAAUCUUACGUUCAACUUAAAGAAAGCAGGUUAUCAAUGAGGAGGUCGGAAUGGAUGACAAAAUUAAAGGAUAGUAGAGUAGGCGAUGAAGCAGAGUUAGAUGAGAUUAUUCAAAAAAACGAAAAAUCCGUUCAACGUGCGAGAAACAAAUUGUUGGGUAUUGAUGAAGUUGAAAUCAGGCCUACUUUUCCACUAGUUGAUAUUCCAGAUGAUCAAUUGAAUGAUGCUGAGAAAAAAGAAAAAAAGAAACAGGUCGCAGCCAAAAGUCUUUACGAAACGCGUCAAAGACAAAAAGAAGCUAAAGAAUUGGCCAAGCGGCAACAAGAAGAGGAAGAGCGCGCAGAGGAACAGAGAAGAACUAAUGAUUUUGAAGGUUGGUUAAAUGAACUAAAGAGUAGUUAUGAGAGCCAAUUAGACAAAGUAAAAGGCUUGAAAAGAAAAAAAGAGCAACUCUUGGAUCGUAGGAGUCAUGCUUCACAACUGCGAAUGAAAUCAAUAGCUAACUUGGCAAGUGAUGCACCGCAGCAGAAAAGACGAAGACGAGGACAAGAUGAGGACACUUUUGGAAUGGAUGAUAAUGAUUGCAAAGAGGAAGAUGCAUGGGAAGAAGAGGAGGAAUUAACGCAACUAAGAGAGUAUGAAGGCAAACUCCUUCAAUAUGAUCCUGCGUUUUUACCGGAGCAUACAUUUGAUGCAAAAAAUUCACAGCAAAAUUCCCUUGUUUAUAUGUUGACACGAGGAAUUUCACCUCCAUAUGAUCCAGAAAAUUUUGGACAAAUGCAUCAGUUACAUGUUAAUAUUGAGAGGAUAAGAGUACCCGAGGCAUUGUUUCAACCUAGUAUCGUUGGAUUAGAUCAGGCCGGUGUGGUUGAAACCAUUGGAGAUAUUGUUAACAGAUUUGACGCUGAUGACCGCCGACAGAUGGUUAAGUCUGUAUUCAUUACAGGUGGCCAUACGCAAACACCGGGACUUUUACCUCGAUUAGAGGUUUCACUUAAAUCUAUAUUGCCAUCAGACUCAGCUUUAAGAAUAAUUCAUGCUAAAGAUCCAGUACUUGAUUCAUGGCGUGGUGCUGCAUUAUGGGCUAAAACAGAGGAUUUUCAUAAAUAUGCAGUAACCCGUCAAGAAUAUCAAGAAUGUGGUGGAGAUUAUCUAAAAGAACAUAGGUUUGGUAACGUGUAUAGAACGUAA